AUGCAGGGGGAGGGGAUAUUUGGUGAGGACUACCAGGUGUUCAUAUCUGAUGGGACAGCACUCAGCCAGGUGUUGGUGCUGGGACACAGAGAUCCAGCUGCAGAAGCCCACGGCAGGGCCUGUUUUCCUAAGCAAGAUCCCGAGCGGGGUGGCAGUCACAUGAUCUCGACUGAUGACUUGGAGUAUCCACGGGAAUAUCGGACACUUGGGAACACCGCUCGUCGCUUCUCCAAUGUCGGCCUGGUGCACACGUCAGAGCACCGCCAUGGCGUCAGCGCUGCACAGAGCCUGGAGGCCCUGACAAACCUGCACAAGGCUGACAUGGAACGCAAGAGGGAUGCCUUCAUGGAUCACCUGAAGAGCAAGUACCAGCAGCAGCAGCAGCUGCAGCAUCCGCACCACAGCCCACACCACAACCCCCCUUCACCCUCUCCCUCCCACGCCAGCAUGAGGGGUUCAUCAGAUCGAGCUGCACGGGAACAGGUACGCAAUGAGCAACAGCCAAACUACUGGAGCUUUAAGAGCCGCAGUCCACGGCAUUCCCAGUCUACCCAGUCUGGGCUUGCGGACCAGGCCGCCAAGCUCUCCUUCGCCUCCGCUGAAUCCCUGGAGACCAUGUCGGAAGCCGACAUCCCCAUUGGAUUCAACCGGAUGAACCGAUUUCGCCAGAGCCUGCCACUGUCCCGCUCCGCCAGCCAGAAUAAGCUACGAUCUCCAGAUGAAUUUUCAGGUGUGCUGUUCCUCCAGUAUGGAGAUGAGACACGUCGAGUGCACAUCACCCACGAGCUGAGCAGCCUGGACACGCUGCACGCUCUCAUCGUGCACAUGUUCCCUCAGAAGCUAACAGCAGGUAUGCUGAAGUCGCCCAACACGGCCAUUUUAAUCAAAGAUGAGGCGCGCAACGUUUUCUACGAGCUCGAGGACGUCCGGGACAUCCAGGACCGAAGCAUCAUCAAGAUAUACCGCAAAGAGCCGAUCUACGCUUCCUACCCUGCUGCUCCACACCUGGCUAAUGGAGACCUGAGGAGGGAUAUGGUGUACUCCUCCCGUGACUCCUCCCCUACUCGCCGCCUCAACACUCUCCCGUCCUCGUCAGGCUCAGCAUCCUCUGGCUCCCCGUCCCGCUCACGUCUCUCCUACAGCGGGGGCCGUCCUCCAUCCUUGGCCGGGUCUCACUCUCAGCAUGAACAGCAGCGACAUCCCCAUCAUCCCUCAGCUGGACAUAGUGCCAACGUUGGCCUGUCUCCCUCACCCAGCGCCAUCCUAGAGCGCCGCGAUGUCAAGCCUGAUGAAGAAGUUUCUGCAAAAAACAUGGCCCUGAUGAAGAACGAGGGACUGUAUGCUGAUCCCUACAGCCUGAUGCACGAGGGCCGCCUCAGCAUCGCCUCUACCCAGUCGCUAGCCGCACUUGGAGACCCUUUUAGCUUCCCUGUUUCCAGCGGCCUGUACCGCCGUGGCUCUGUGCGCUCACUGAGCACCUACUCGGCUGCAGCUCUUCAAGGGGACCUGGAGGACUCCCUCUACAAACCUGGAGGCUCGCUUUACUCCGACACGUACUCCUCAGCCACACUGGGCAUGGGUUUCCGCAUGCCUCCCUCAUCCCCGCAGAAAAUCCCUGACAUGCAGCUGAGGGACAGGGACUCAUACUCCAGCUCACCUAGCAGAGCUUCACCUGUCAGGCAGUCCUUCCGCAAGGACUCCGCCUCCUCCUCCGUGUUUGUGGAGAGCCCAAAGUCAAGGCCCAGCUCUGGUUCCGAACCUCUAUGUCUUACAGCCGGACCUGGGGAGGGUGGAAGGGCUACGCCUGGCUUUGGCUCCUCGAUGUCUGGACAAGACUCUGACAGCAGCAGGGAUCAACGUCUGGAGCGUAUGGAGGCAAUGGAGAAGCAGAUAGCCAGCCUUACUGGUCUCGUCCAGAGUGUGCUGACCAGGGCACCAGACAGUGACAGCACAUGCGGCCUGCUGCGUCUCUGCAUGAUGGCCGGCUGCCCACCGGACCAAGGGACGGAGUUCUCACGGCCAUUACCUUUCUCUUCCAGCGAGAAGACCGAAACCAACAGCGACGGCUCGGCCACUGGACCUGGACGGCUGAAGAAGAAAGCUCAUACACCAUCAGCUCCGCUAGCACUGAUGCCACCGCCACCUACUAACAGCGUCAGCCGCUUUCAGAUGCAACUCCACCUGCAAGGCCUGCAGCAAAACGCCACUGAUCUGCGCAAACAGCUCACGCAGCUAAGGAAGACACAGCUGGAGAACCAGGAUUCAGUUCGAACUCUGCUGAAACGGACAGAGGCAGAGCUGAACGUGCGCGUGGCUGACGCCCUGAGGAAGCAGGAGGAUCCUCUGCAGAGACAGCGCCUCCUGGUGGAGGAGGAGAGACUCAAGUAUCUGAACGAGGAGGAGCUCAUCAUCCAGCAGCUCCACGACCUGGAGAAGUCGGUGGAGGAGAUCCAGAAGGAGUCGUCUGUCAACCACAAGCUGGUGACGGUGCAAGAGCUGGAGGAGAAGUCGGCUCUUCUCAGAAAGCUGGGAGAAACACUCACAGAGCUGAAAAAUCAGUUCCCAGGCCUGCAGAGUAAGAUGCGGGUGGUGCUCAGAGUGGAGGUGGAGGCCGUCAAAUUCCUGAAAGAAGAGCCACACAGGCUCGAUGCCCUUUUGAAACGAUGCAAGACUAUAACGGACACCCUGGCCACCAUGCGCAAACAAGCAAACGAGGGGGUGUGGAAGAAGCAGGAGGACUUUUCUAAUCCUUCAUCAAAGCACAACGAUGACUUGCGAAAGUUUUCAGACUUUGACAUCCCCACCAGCUCUCCGCUCACCAUCAAUGACCUUGGAGGCAACAGCCUGUCCAACUGGAGCCCCCACUCAAGCCUCAGCCGUGGCCAUGGGAACCCGUCUGGCCCUCACAAGGACAAUCAUCCUCCUGUUCCUCACAAGGGCAAAGCCCUGGAGGAGCUGGAACGCCGCGCUGCUGCUGACAAAGCUUUAUCCGUGGAAGUCCGACUGGCAGCUGAGCGGGACUGGGAAGAGAAGCGUGCCAGUCUGACCCAGUACAGUGCCCAAGACAUCAACCGGUUGCUGGAGGAGACUCAGGCUGAGCUAAUGAAAGCUAUUCCAGACUUAGAGUUUGCUGCCAAGCAGAUCAAGCCUUCCUCCAACACGCCAACCUCCCAGAACCCCCAGUCUGGGGCAGGAACCCCAGAGCACCGCGUCAGCAAGCCCCAGCACAAGCUUUCUGGGAAAGAGGGACUAUACAGGCGUGGCUCUGACGAGCUGACAGUACCACGGUAUCGCACAGAGAAACCCUCCAAGUCGCCUCCCCCUCCACCACCUAGACGCAGUUUCCCCUCCUCUCCAGGCGUUACCAGCCGCAGUGGAGAGACCCUCAUUCCUGGCAAAAGUAUAAAAAAGUCUGAAUCUGAAGAGAAUGAAAUCCAGAAGCCUCAUGUGAAAUUGAGGAGGGCUGUUUCUGAGAACCCUCGUCCUGCAUCUACACCCCCCACACUCGCCUCUGGGGACAAGGAGGAUCGUGAGGAGGAUAAGAUUGCUGCUGAAUUGGAGGAAAGGCGCUUGUCUCCUGUCCCCUUCAUCGUGCUGACAGAGUGUUUGCCUGCGUCUCCCGCUGCCUCAGAGGAGCCUGUCAGAGAUGAAGCAAAUGACCUUGUACGCGAGAGUCCAUCACAAGAUCUAACUGGUCCUUACACCAUCUACCAGACUCAAAUAACAAAAGAAAGGGAUUCAUUUGUAAGCUCUCAUCGAGCGGAGCGAGAGCAGUGUCGUGUUCAAGAGGAUAAGGACUUAAAACGGGAAGUUUCUCUGCUGUUGACCGAGCUGCAGGUGAGGGUGGUGUCUCCCUCAGAGGUCCAGGAGCUCUGCAGGACUACAGGUGAAACUCUGCAGACUCUGACAAUCUCCCCACAGACGAGAGAAGUCUCUGAGGUUCAGCUGAGUGUCCGGCCUCUCCUUGUGCUUCUCACAGAGGGAAAAACCGUCAGGGAGGCCUACAGGCUGCUGUAUUCUCUUUUAGAGUCAUCUAAGCCGGUGCCCAAACCCAGAAUAAAAUCCUCCCUCCACUCAAGCCAGCAGAGCUCCAUGAUGCAGGCUCUGAAGAGAGGGAUAGAGACUGGGGAAAGGGUGCUUACAAUUCAGCACACCACUGAAACUAAGGGAACUCCUGGAGUCCAGCUAAAGUCAUUGAACACUAGUCUUAAAACCACUCGAUCAGACAGCUCUGCGGACACUCCGUCCAACCAGAGCCAGAGGAAAACAAGAGAAGAUGUCCAAAGCAGCACCUACAGGAGGCUGGACAGCUUGGAGGAGACUAUUCGUGAGCUGGAGAACACUUUGAUUGAGAUAGGUGGCCACCCGACACCAGAGCAACUCUACACGGAGACAACCACCCGAAGCACCCAUAUACAGAUGACAGACGGUGUGACCUCAGGGACCAGGAGGCCACCUGUCCCACGCAAGCCGUCCUCCCUGAGCCCAGCAUCAAUCCAGGGAGGGAACAGUUCUGGAAGUGGGGAUGUUCAACUCUCCUCUGCUGCCUCCAAACUGAAGCACCUGCAGCAGAACAGCACAGAUAAGACCAAAAGCAGCAAACGAGACGACUUCAUGAAGAUCCAGGGCCAGCAGCAGCAGUGAGCGACCUGUGCGUGUCCAGCCUCUUCAGCUUCCUCCUCCUCCUCCUCCUCCUCCUCCUGUUAACCCAAAUGGAGAGCUACACACAUCCAUCUGCCCCUUUUACUUUGCCCCUCCAAAAUCUACACUGAACCCCAGUCUGUGUGUGUUAGUGGAAGAGUGUGAGCUUGUGUGUGUGUGUGUGUGUGUGUGUGUGUGUGUGUGUGUGUGUGUGUGUGUGUGUGUGCAAGCAUGCAUGCACGGGCAUGUUUGACUGUAAUGGGAAGGGAAGGAGCUGCAGGGGACAGUGCCCAGUCAAUUUUCAGACUUUAACUCUCAUGAUUUCCCCUUUGAUCCCUGAAACCUCCCCUCCCCUUCCCUGUUUCUUUUGGCCCUGCUCUCCCUGAAGGCCUUGGGGACCAACAGCACCCGCGGCAGUAUGGAGCCAUACCUCUCUGGUAUCAAAACGGGCAUUUUCUCAGGCCGAGUGCCCUCUCCUGCAGCAGGGUUUGCCCCUGGCCUGAGGAAAUACCCCCAGGAUGGGUCAUUUCCCUCCUUGACGGCCUCCCCUAUCCAAGCGAAGGCCCUGCUGGCGAGCCUGUCAGCUGCCGGCCUGAGCGCUGAAGCCCUGCUCCUCUCCUCCGCCAUCCGUCAUCACCGCCUUCUACGAGAGCAGCGAGCCUCCUCUUUGACCUUGCAAAGUAGCCAGUCCUCCUCCCCAACUCCCCCUGCUACUCCCUCCCCCUCGUCCUCUUCCCCAACCACUCCGACUCCCUCCCUCUCUCCCUCCUCUCCCACCCCUUUGAGUCCCCUCAGCCUCUCUUCUGGGCUUCUAAAGCGCAGCGGUUAUAGCCUCGACAACUGCAAGGAAGGCGGCAGUGAGCCUGUGAAGAAGGAUCUCACCCCUGGAAACUCUCCGUGAUAAGGAUGAUGAGGAUAUAAGAGGAUUCAAGCACCAUCACAUCAUGACCAUGAAGAUAAAAUUAUUAUAGAAAAUUCCAUCAUUUUCUCUUUUUGGAGUCUUGUUUUGCUUCAGGAGUAUUUCACUCUUCUUUCUCUCUACUUCUGGCCUCGUUUUCAGUUUGCAGUCUUCAUAUUUCAAUUGAAAGAACUACUGGACUGUAAAUGAUCACGGUCACAUUCUUCUUGGACAUUUUUUUUUUUUUCUUGGAGGGUUUUUCCAGCUCUGAUCUGGUUUCCAUAUUUCCUCUGCAGUUCUCCCACAACGUUAUACUGCCAGUUUGCAAGUAAGAGAGAACACAAAUGAGGCCUCUUCUCAACAAAAGGGCCUCCCCUCCUUAUCCGUGGCCUGCUCUAAGGCUCUAAGCUGAAAUGGUCUGGAUGGGUUUACCGACAGUAGCAGCCAUGUGCACACUGUACCCUCACUCUAUGGGAUGUUAGUGGAGUAGAAAUCUUUUUUUUUUUUUUUUCAGACUGUGACUUUUAUCAUAGAAAAAUGGAGCUGCAAUAAUCAUCAAGUGAGUCCCGUCGUUGUGUGUGUUCAGGGUAAUAUAGCUCUCAGUUACUUGCAUCACCUGACAGAAUGUGCACAAAACAAAGUAGAUCAAGGUGAUUGUGGUUUAAAAGCUGUUUUGUGUUGAAGGGGCAUUCGUGGCACCUUUUUUUUUUUUUUUUUCUUGUGUGGCCUGUGUUUGAAACUCUUACCUGGUGCUAUAUUUUCCCUCUGUUUGUUCACACUUUGUAACAAGUUUACAUGAUGGUCUCACAUCCUGAUCUCUGACCUGUGCUUUGUUGCAAGACCAGUGUCUGAUCUGAGAGCCUGCUUUGAUUUCAUGCCGUACUGUUUGAAUAUUUACAUCCAUCACUCCAAAAAAAAAAAAGAAAUUAUUGCAUCAAAAAUUAAGAACAAAUUAUUGAAGAUUUUACAUUUUAAAACUCCCUUUUAACUUGAAAAAAAAGCACAUUGUAGCAAGUAGAGUAACAUCAGCACAUUUUCUAUUGAAAACAGAAACUGGAGGAACAGUGACACAACAAAGGGGGGGGGGGGGCAAUAGUAAAACUUUUAUCAUUGAUGGAUAACUGUAUAUGUGUAUUAAUUAAUCAAUGUUAAUUAAUUAUGACAAUCAGGAUGUUUCUGCAGUAAGACUACAGGUUGCUCUUGCAUUUCAGCGCCUGACAUGAAAAACGCUUCUAUAGCACACACACAGUGAUAUUCAACACACACACACAUAGCUGUCACACAUGACGCUGUUUGCAGAAGCAUGGAUUUUACACGUUUUUGUCUCAGCCACCAAGUGUGUGAUGAUUCGUCUUUUUAAGUCACAGCUGUCGCAUAACUGAAAAAAGAGCAUUCUGCUUCAAUUUGCCACAUCAAACAGGACACGAUUUCACUCUUUUAAGUAUCCGACGGAUGGAGUAGUUUCUAACGAGACAGCCGUUGCUUUUGAACUUAAAAGGUUAUCUGCUGGGAUGAAGCGUUCAAAGUUUUCAGCAAUUUGCAGGUCUCAUUUCGUCUUUGAACAAGAACAAAAUGCAUUUCCACAAAUGCAAAUUCCACAGCAGUGAAAUGAUCGCACUUAAACACCUCUCACACUGUUUCAACUUUCGAGUAGUGUUUGAAAUGAAAAGAAGGUUAGUCAGCACAUAUUUGGAAAUAUCAAGUACAUUUUGACCCCUGAGUGUUUCCUGUUAAAUAGGCAACUCUUUCCUCUAAUUUUGACCCCUUGAAUCUGGUUAACUGUGACAAGCACAAAGCCCCAAAUGUUUCUUCAAGGAAGAAAAGAAGAUCCCUGAUAUUUCUUACUGUGAGACAGUAUUGCUGUUGCUUCAUUUGGUUUCUUUUUCCUCCUGUUAAACAUGGAAACAGUCCUGAUUGUUAGGCCUCUAGUUGGCCUUAACAACAGCAGUUGAAGUUAAAGCACAUCAAAGGCCUGCCCGUGAUUCCCUAAGUGUACACUCUGCACAAGGAACCUUUUCUUUGAAUCUCCCUUUCCUGCGUAGUCGCCUUAAGGCUGCCCACUUGGGGAGGCGACAAGGUUGAACAGCCAGUCACAGACACAGAAGUGAUAUUCUUCUCAGACGUUCUCUAGAAUAACUGUGUGAAAUCAAUUCUUUGUGGCAUUGAGAUUAAAACAUGUGCAAAAGGAGCUCGUGUCAAAGAGUCGGCAGCUUGAGGAGAGGGGAUUAGUUUGGGGACAUGUGUUUGAAGGCUACUUUAAUAAGGCCAUUGAGGGGGCUUGUGAUAUAAAAGACCCAAAGAGAUGAGAGGAAGUGUCUGACAGUCAGAGAGCCAAUAAGCGGCUGUUCUUUCCCUAGCCCCUUUCACUUUGCUUUGUCUUUGGUCUGUGAAAUGAACACCAGUCAGUUAAGGCUAGCCUUGGAUAAGGUUUAAUGGGCCUUGAUUCAUGAACAGUGAAAGUGUUCAGUGUGUUAUUAGCACUCUUACAAUUGCACCAAGGCAGUGGUCUUUGCCUUUGAGGGAGGCCUGUUUGUCUGCAAGGACCUGCUACCAUGUUUCUCCCAGUGCCUCUAAGACUUUGUUCUUGCCAGGAAUGAUCUUCUACUACAGUGUUAGAUUAGCAGCAAUGACAGAAUAACACUUUUACCCAAAGAAGAGUCUGCGGGAAUGGGCUUCUUCCCAUUUUCUCGCAGAAAAAGAAAAGAGCACUUGAAAUGCAGAGUGUGUCAGGUUGCAGCGGUGGCAUUUCACUAAACUCUCCCUGAUUUCUAACAAUGUGCAAAAAGCUCACAGCACUGCGACUCUAAGCCUCACCGUGGGCGCUCUGUAGCUCUGCCAGGCAGGUUCAAGCCCUGGGUUUCAUAUUGAGUGAAGUCAAAUGAAAGGAAUUCACUUACUCAUGCUGUUCCACACUCAAUCCAUAACUCUCGGAGUUAAAUUCGCUGCAAUCGCGUCUGGUGAGCGUUGGGGAGGAAGUGUUCACGCUCGGCUGCUUUCCCCAAGUUAAGUCUGAGAUGAAACCUCCGAGAAAUGCGUGAUAGUGCUCCCUGGAAUAAUAUUCUCGAGACAAGUGUUAGUUGGCUGUGAUUGCAACACGGCCGGAGGCUUUGGAGGGCAUGUUGAAGACACUCGCGGUGGAUGCCCCUGGCAAUCAGUAAAACUCAUGCAAACUUGAAAUGAAAACUAGAAGAAAUAUACAUCUAUAAAUAUAUCUAAGUGAGAUGUUUGUGUAUGAUAUUAUAAUUGUGAAGAAAAGUGUGAUAUAUAUAUAGGCCUAGAUUCAAUUAUAUACUGUACAAUGUCAUCAUCUCUUCAGUUUUUAUAUAUUAGUGACCAUUUUGUACAGAUUUUUCUUUUUUAAGUCAUUGACAGAGAUAUUACAUUUCACACUGAGAUUAUUUAUUCAUACACAGAACAUUUUUAUAUUUGUUUAAAAAUAUCUGUAUAGAUAACAGUUACUCUCUGUAAAAUACACUGAUGUUCCUUUUUUUAAUUCUAGGAUUUUUCGUUAUGAACACUGAUUAAGGGUUUAUGUCAUUUUGAUUUAUGAUCAAGCUUGUCCCUGAAAACGCUUGUCCAGCUCAGUCGCACCUUCGCCUCCUUAUGUGAAGGAUCUCUUAUGAGGUGUGAGACGCUGGACCAGUGCCUGUGCUUAGGGACUUAUUUUGCUACAAGUUUUUUUUUUGUUGUUUUAAGGGGUUGUUUUCUGAACCUGUGCUCUGUUUUUUUUGUUUAGUUUGUUCUGUUUUACCCCAUCCUGUAUUUGUGAUUCAGCCGGUAUUAGUGAGGAAGGAAUGGUCCGAAACAAAGAUGUAUCAUGGGUACUACUGUGAAAGGUCAGUUUAUUGCUCAAAGGCUUUACACAGAGCCUUGCUGCUUUGACAAAAGAAAGUAUAUGGCUUUAAUGUCCCUCUGUGUCAUGUUUGCAUGUGGACCUGAGUGGUAGAAAUGUGAAUGUUGAUGCUCAGUACUCAGCAUUCAGAGACAGCAGGCUCUUAACUUUCAACAGUUGGAAGCAUAUUUUGUUUAGCUCCAGUUGUUGCACUGAGAGGCUCUAAGUAGCAUACAAAGCUAAACCACAAAAAGAUAUUCAAGCCACCAAGAUGGGUCAGUAAAGGACUUCAUGUAGAGUUGUAUGAAUUUAAAGUUUUGUCUUCUCUUUGCCAUUUUAUCUUUUUUUUUAUAUGAACCUACAUUCUAUAUAGUAUGUAUAUGAGGUUUUUACAUGAAUGUGUGGAUGUUCAAAAGUCUUGGCAUCAAAAAGUAGAAAAACAAAAUUGACUUGUAAAUAGGCCGAGUCAUUCCUAGCGAGUUCUUCAAAUUGUUAUGUCCAAAAGAAGAUGUUUUAUUAAUAAACUAUGGCAAAGGGUACAAAAGGUAUAUACAAAACAAUGCAUGAAUAGUCUCAAAGCAAUCGCACGGUGCAGUCGAAAAAAAAAUGUUGUCUACAUGUUUUUUUUCCAAGAAAAUGAGAUCGAGAGAGAAAGAGAAAAAGUGGUUUCCAAACACGGAGGAAUGAGACAGAUGUUUGGGUAUCUGUGACACAGGCAUGCUCAGUCUUACUGUGACGUUAUGUGACCAUGAGGAUGAUGAUAGUGGCCGAGAGUGUUUGAAUGUCUAGAAGGAUUCGGAAUGCUUGAACGCACCCCAACCAGAGAAGCCACCAGUGAUGGUGCACUCUUUCCACUGAGUGAUUCUCCCACUUGUAGAGUAGUGUGAUAUAAGAACAAAAAUAAUACAGAAAAUAGAUCUAUAAUAUAAUGAUAAUAUAUAAAUUUAAAAGCCUACUGACACUGGAGAUACUAAUUUAUCAGUGUGGAUGCCAUGAUAUUCUGUGAGAAAUGUGUGUUUUUCCUGUGAGAAGACAGUCGGCAGUUGACCCUGCCUUCUUUUGUACAUAAUUUGCUGUGAUUGUGUGUCCAAUAAAGUGCAGCUCUCUUGUACACUG